AUGGCCCCGGCUCCUUUCUCUUGCACGGUGCAUCCUUUCGAUUCCCGAACCUCUCACUCUAGCGCUUAUGAGAUCGGCCCAUCUGGAGCAUCAAACGCCCUUCUCUUCAUAGGAGGCCUCGCAGAUGGACCUCAUACUGUUGGCUACACCAAGGCCAUAGCCAAGCAUCUUGAGACAGCGGCACAAGACUGGUCUGUGUUUGAGAUUCGGAUGAGGAGCUCCUUUUCUGGCUACGGCUUUUCGAGCUUGAAGAACGAUGUUGAGGAUAUCUCGGCGCUGGUGAGGUAUCUCCGAGGUAUCGGAAAGAAAAAGAUUGUCCUUAUGGGCCACUCAACUGGAUGCCAGGACUGUAUGGAGUAUACCAAGCACAAGGAGGACCCUGUCGAUGGCUUCAUCAUGCAAGGUCCUGCAUCUGACCGGGAGUCUAUUGAAGACUUUGUCAAACCUGACUGGUUGAAGAAGAGCCUAGAGCACGCCGAGGGGCUGAUUUCCACUGGAAAGGAGGCCGAAGCGAUGCCCAAAGAUCUAGUACCAAGCUUUUUCUCGACACCUAUGACGGCCUACCGUUGGCACUCUCUGGCGGCUAAGGGGGGCGACGAUGAUUACUUCUCCUCCGACCUCAAAGAGUCGUUCGUCUCCGAGGUCUGGAAUCGUUUCCAGCAGCCCGUCAUGGUGCUACACUCUGCAGAGGAUGAGUUCGUGCCAGCCAAAAUCGAUAAGCAAGCUUUGAUCGACCUGUGGAAGAAGACAAACUCCAAUGUCCACGAGCUGUCUGGCUUGAUUCCCGGAGCAAGCCACACUGUGAAGAACCCGGAAUCCCAGCAGUGGCUUGCAGAACGUGUGGCUCAGUUCAUCCAGCAAAUUGGUUCGAACGUGUUACACGAGAUGACUAAAGAAAUACCGGUCUCAGCUCGGUCGGAAGCUUCCAAAGUGCCUUAUGGAGCGAGGUCGGCGAUACCCCUCCGAGACCCACUUCAUCGGGGUCACUGCGCCCGUGACGAUGCUCAAUGCAGGUCGCCGACCCCAAGUGGGUGGAUUAUGCUAUCACGGACACCGCGAAUACUUAAUCCCAGACUAUCUCAAAACACCAUCUUGACUUCCAGCUUCGUUCGCAUCAACUCGUACACAACAUACUGUCGACCCUUUGAACUUGAUACCCGCACCGACAUCUCCCUUCCACCAACACCUUUACUUUCAUCCACAAUGUGCUUCGGAGUCACCUGCUCGACUUGCUCAAAGGCAACCUGGCGCGGCUGCGGCCAACACAUCCCGUCGGCGCUGAGCAGCGUCCCCGAGGAACAGUGGUGCACCUGCACGCCCAAGGUCACCGUCAACGGCAAGGAGUACCCCCCGGCAGGCACUGUGUCGAUUCCCGGUAUGUCUUGGUUGACCGGCUUGUUUGGGGGCAAUUCGAAUGACAAGUCGAAGCAGGGCACUAAGGGAGAGCUGUAA